AUGGCUGAUAUACCAUCGAGUUUUCUUUGUCCAAUAACGCAUGAAUUAAUGACUGAUCCAGUUAUCGAUCCCGAUGGGAAUAGUUAUGAACGUUCAGCAAUUGAAGAUUGGCUUAGACAACAUUCAACUUCGCCUAUUACUCGUACUACUCUUCAUCUUAAUGAUCUUCGUCCAAAUCGUGCAUUACGUGAAAGUAUUGAAGAAUAUCGAAGUAAACAAUCAUCAUCCAAUAUUACUACAAAGACAAAACCUAUCACUAUUGUUACUAAUCAAUCAUUUGAUUUAAAAGUAACAAGUAGUUGGUUAAAUGAUUUUGCUCAUAUAUCGAUUCAACCACCAGAAGGUAUUGGCAUUCGUGCUCCAUGUGAUAUAUGUUGUGUUGUUGAUACAUCGGGUUCAAUGGGAACUGAAGUUGAAAUUCAAGGAGUAUCAAAUGAUAGAGAAAAAUAUGGUUUAUCACAAUUAGAUCUUGUUAAGCAUGCAUUGAAAACAAUAAUUCAUUCAUUAACACAAAAUGAUCGUUUAGCAAUUGUUUCAUUUGCAAAUAGUGCAACAGUUUUAUUUACGUUACAUCAAAUGGAUGAUGAUGGUCGUUCAAGUGCAUUAGCUGCUCUUGAAAGACUUGAUGAUAAUGGACAAACAAAUUUAUGGGAUGGAUUAAGAGCCGGUUUAAAAGUAUUAGCGGAAGGACAGCGAACAACAGAAAGUAAUGUUGCAUUAUUUUUACUUACAGAUGGUUGUCCAAAUGUUGAACCACCACGUGGACAUCUACCAACAUUAGCUUCAUAUAAAAAUAAAACUAAUUUUACAUGUUCAAUAAAUACAUUUGGUUUUGGAUACAAUUUAGAGAGUAAAUUAUUAGAAGAUCUUGCUCAAAUGGGUAAUUGUGGUUCAUAUGCAUUUAUACCGGACGGAUCAUUUGUUGGUACAAUAUUUGUUAAUGCUAUUGCAAAUUUAUUAACAACAGCAGCAACAAAUUUACAACUAUCAAUUGGAGAUAUUCGACCAGCAAUUGAUUCAUCAUCGAGCUAUAUUUGUAAUUAUUCAACAGAUACAUCAAAUCAUAAGGUAUAA